UACUGAGCAAGGUAUGUUGCGGCAGCAGCCAAAAAGUUUACUGCACUGAUUUCUAACACACUUAGGUUUACAUCAGCAAAACUACCUGGGAAAGCUUACAAGCAGCAAAAUAGAUUGGGUGGAAGACAAGCCAAGUCCAUUGUGUUGGAACCAUGGUCGUUGGGAAGAAGUUGGCCAAAGAGUCCCUGCUGCCGUCUGUGCUGGAGGAUGAUGACGCGGAGACAGAGAGCGAGAGAGCGCAGCUGGGUGGGAUAGGGAGCCGACCACCCAGCAGACCCAGGAAAGCUUUCAGUAGGGGAAGUGUUGACCGACAGACAGUGACCCGGUCAGGGUCCGGCCGCCACUCUAGCCCUGAGGGGGAGGUGUCAGUCAGGGGUGAGAGAAAGGAGGAUGAGGGGGAGGAGGAGGAGGAAGAAGAGGGCAGUGGAGUUGGUGAUGGAGACUCACAGGAGAGGGGGAAGGAAUGUGUCAUCACAGCUUCAGAUGAGGACUAUGACACAGACUUGGAGCUGGGAGAUGUGAAGGAGGCGUAUGACCCGACGGGCCAGACUCGAUACAGGGAGGCGUGUAGAAUGUUCAACGUAGUCCCUGUAUCCUAUUUCCUGAAACACAUGGGCAAUACUGAGCUAACCAUGAUGCACCAUGGCCUCGGGCCUCAAGGCACCAAAGCACUGGCGGUUUCCUUGGUAACCAACACUUCCCUCCUGAAGCUGAACCUCAGGGAUAAUUGCAUGGAAGGGACUGGCGGGGCUGCCAUGGCCGAGAUGUUAAAGGAGAACUGUUACAUCACAGAGGUGGACCUGGGGGAGAACAGGCUGGGGGAGUGUGGUGCCCAGACCCUGUCCAGUAUGCUGCAGGAGAACACCACACUGGUCUCACUCAACAUGUCUGGGAACGAGCUGGCUGACCGGGCCGCACAACACCUGGCCCAGACCCUGACCUCCAACACCAAGCUGGAGACCCUAGACCUCAGUCACAACACCAUAGGAGAUGCAGCAGGUCAGGUCCUGGGACAUGCUAUCGCUGAGAACACAGGGCUGAAAUCAUUGAGUCUGGCCUGGAACUGUAUACGUGGGAAAGGAGCGGUGGCUUUGGCUAAAGGCCUUGGGGCCAACAUAUUCCUCAGAACACUGGAUCUGUCUUACAACGGCCUGGGUAAGGAUGGAGCCGUAGCUUUAGGAGAGGCUCUCAAAGACAACAACACUCUAGAGGACCUCAAUAUAAGUAACAAUCGAAUACCCCCUGAAGGUGCGAUCCGCUUCACCAUGGGCCUCAAAGUAAACAAGACAAUAAAAAAACUCAAUAUGGGGAGGAAUCCUAUACAGACUGCCGGGUGUUACGGAGUCCUGAAAGCAAUCCAGGGAAACGCAGAAUCAGCUAUGGAGUGCCUGGACUUUUCUGACAUAACAGUGAAUCAGGACUUUGAGGAUUUGUACGUUGCCUUAAAAGACAUAUUCCCAAACAUCAGAGUCAAACACGGAGGAAGAAUCGACACAUUCAGAAAACCAAAGGCCUAAUGGCCAGGUUUGACCCAUCAAGAGGAAAUACUUUCUUCAAGACAGCAAAGCAUCUGGAAUAUCAGAUGUUUAUGAAUUCUAGGUGAAUUGAAUGCACAAUGCAUUGACAACCUUUCUCACCUACAGCACCAAGACAACUUGUCAAUUGUAUUGAAGAACUACAGUACUUGUACUUUACAUCUUAGCUUGUGGAAAUGGGUAUUGCAUUUUUGGGAACAUCAUGAUCUGUAUAAAUUAUAUAAUGCUUUCACAUA